GAUUGGCCGUUUGAGAAAUUCCCAGUCGGAGCCAAACUGGUUGGCUCAUCCUCCUCUAAAUUCCUCGUCAUUGAGCAUUUUAUCAGCUGCAAUUUUACGCCGGAACCGAAAUUUACCUUGUCAGUCAAGGGCAGGAGUGCUUAUAAAGUUUAAAAAAUUUUAUUACCGCUAGUAUUAGUGUUGUGAAAGUGAUCGGCUCCUAUGUUGUGAUUUGUUCCUCCUCCAAUCGGCUCUCAUUCUACUGCUGGAAGAAUGAAACCUGUGACAGUGCUGUUGUCAGCACUAUGCAUGACAAUUCUUGUCAUCUCUGCCAGGGGAGCGGCGCUCUACCCUCAGCAAGAGGAGUGCGACGAAGAUAAUCAACAGCGAACGGUGAACAACGAGGACUUUAUACGGAAUGCCGGAUACAGAAGCAGUCAAAACACACUCCAUCUAGGACCAGACGGUAGCAAAUUUAGAGAACACUACGAAAAGCUGAAGCAAAAAGCAGACCAAUUUGUUGGCUCAUCUGGCACCAUUCCACAAGAUCUGGGAGUGGAUUUGAACGGAGGAGCUUUCAACAAACUGGAAGCAGGGUCUCAAACGAGCAGCUCGAGUUUCCAUUCUUCAGGGGUGAACGCCGGGAUCCGCACCCCGGUGGCGACCAACUUCUACAACAAUGACGGUAGUUUGCUGCACACGGUGGAAGGUCUCAAAGCCCACGGCCAAGGAGUCCAGUUCACGGCGACCGGCGGAAUCUUACCCCUGAAGAACUACCAAGAAGGGCAGGUCUUCUCGCACAACGGCGGCGGCUACGGCGGCUCCUUCGAGAAACACUCCUCCAGCCACUCGGAGCACUCCAGGACCUCCAACAGCGGCCUGCCGAUCACGUUCACCCCAUACGAGAAGCACCACCAAAGCUCCAGCAUCAACGUCCAGGAAACCGUCAAGAGGCGCAACUACACCGACUACCUGGAGCCGGAGCUGAUCUCGCAGAAAACCUCCACGGUCGUCCAUCCGUUAAACGUGGCGUACGGAGCCCAAAGCGCCGGUACUUACAACCAAGGCUUGAAGACGCACGCCAACUACGACCAUAGCAACAGUGGCUCGUACGGACUCUACCAAGUGCCCAUGACCGUCAUCCCAGUGCUGGGCAGCAACGACGCCAACUAUUUAUCAGAGACCAAAAGCCAGUCUCUGAGCAAGACCCUCAUCUCCUCGCAUGACUCCACCCACGGCGCGGUCGACGCGAAACCGAUCAAAAUCCAGACCGGCUCUUACGUGAGGCCGACCCCGUCGGGUGUAGACCAGAUGUGGCACAAGAUCGUCCAGGGGCAGUCCUACCAGGUGAACAACAACCCCGGCGUUCUGCAGACGAGUUUCGGGACGACAGAGGCGGAGAGCGACGAUAGUCUGCAAACCCACGUGAGUCCGAUCGCGCUGAGCGCUCCCCAAAGCUCGCAGUACGUGUCCAAGAGCGAAUCGCAGAAAUCCGAGUCCUCCUCGUCGCUGCACGAGUCGUCCAGCCACCAAUCGGGAUCCUACUCGGGCGGACAAUCUCUCCAGAGUCAAGGUCAAGCCAAGGUCACCGCGGGCGGAAGAGCCCCGGUCAACACUUUCGUCGGAGACCCCAACGCCCCCCAAAACAGCGGCUUCGCCAUCACCGGCGAGAACAAAGGGUUCUACGCCAAGUCCGUCGAGUUGGCCAACCUGUUGAGCGCUACGAUCGCGCCGAUGGAGACUAACGAAAACCAGGCGGUGCAACAGAGCUCGCAGCAGAGCAGCUCUAGUUCCCAGGUGAACGUGAUUCCCUCCAGAACAGGAGUUCUAUCCGGGUCCCAAGACAGCUACCAAUCCGGCUAUGCGGGCGGCUACGGUGGCGGCGUUAGAUCUGGCUACCAGAGCAACUACGAGAAACACCACAGUAGCAGCUCUCAUUCCGAGAAAACGCAGACGCAAAAUCUCAACGGUCAAGAAUCCGUCAGCGGUGUUCCGGUCAUUAACGAGCCUUACAGACUUUCUGGCGGUGGCAGCACCUACGACUGGUCUGCGAGGGGCGGUGGUUUCGGUCAGUAUGCUCAACACGCGGGUAGUUACAGACAGGUCGGUGGGUACGCUGGUCACGACAGUGGCAGGCAGAUCUCCAACGCCCAAAGCUGGCAAAGCUCCUCUGGUGCCCACCCUGUGGUGUGCAGAGAGUGUGCCGAGGGCGUUGGGCAAAUUCAGUACGGUUACCAACAAGGAACGCCCGUUAAGAGUUCCUACGGGCUCUCGUCUCGUUUUGCCGCCUCCUCCAGCGAUAUCAAUGGGCAGAGGUCCGAGUCGAAAAGUGCGUCCGUUACUAUAAAUGAUAAUGGAAAGAUUGAUACUUACAACCGUCAUACCAAGUGAACAAAUGAUCAGCUGAGAGAAAAAUUCAAAAGAGACCUGUCAGUGUCAAAGUCCUUGAUAAGUGAGGCUGAUUAUAGUUCGAUAGUUGGACGUUCUUAGGGGUAGUUUUCCUGAAAUCCUCCUCCCACCCACCCUAUAACACCCGAGCCCUAAACAUCAUUAUUUCAAAUUUCAUAUGGUGGUUUCUCUCUGUCUUCAAGUUCCUGAUGAUUAAUAUAAUUCGAAAGAAGGCAGUUAAGAAGCUUUAAUUGUCUUCGUUCUUUUUCCUCUCUUUUUUUUUUUUAAAAUCAUUUCCCGAUACAAGGAGAAAAAACUGAAAGCUAAGGCGAAAGAAAAAGAUAUUGGUUGAUUUGCCUCUCCAUUCUGCGAAUUAAGAAAUUAUACAUAUCUUUGAAGUGAGCUAAAUGCACAGGGCCUAUUAACUUAUUACUUUUUUAAUUUAUUUCUGUUACUGACUAAGUAUUUAGUAUUAAGUUGAUAUUUAUUUUUCUAUUGUAUGUAUGAGAAGUAUUUAUUUAAUGUAAUUAAGUUGGUGUGAUAAGAUAUAAUUAAACUUUAAAAGAA